GGGUCCCCCACCUCCAUGUAAACAGGCCCUAAAGACUACUGCACAGCUGAUAACAACGUUUAUAAAUAACUAAGAUAGUACGCGUGCGCUCCGAUUGGCCGAGAGAUGUGUUGGCAUGAGAGUAUGUAAACAUGUGUAAGUCAAGAUGUUUUGCUCUUCGCGCGCUAAUCACACAAGCACGAAUUUUAAAAAGCUUUGAGUUGAAAACUCGACAAAGUUACUUUAUUUACCCAUUCCAUCGUCGGAUGAAGCUUGGAAAAUCUUUACAAUUAUGCUGUGCCAAUUUUUUUUGCUUAAGCUGGCAUUUUAAGCGAGAAAAACCCUUUUUUGGAAAGUAUCUUUAUUGCAAAACUAUGAAACAAGAACUGAUUACACGUACAUUAAGCUUCGUGUACAAGACUUCGCGACUGGUAAGAAUUUCUCUUUUAAUCAGUAACCUAAACAAAGAGUUUUUCUUUUUUCUCGGGAAAGUUAUUUUAUAAAAGCAAUAGAAAACUUUUUUCCUGUGUUUGCAUAGCCUGAUAUAAACACUCGAGGGGUUGGGAGAAUUCUUGACAGUUAUGAAAACCCGAGAAGACGUCGAGGUUUUACAUAACUGUCUCGAAUUCUCCCAACCCCUCGAGUGUUUAUAUCAGGCUAUGCAAACACAGGAAAAAAGUUUUCUAUCGCCUAAAUAUUGCUUUUUUACAAAAAUACUGUUACUUCGCCGUUUACAAGCAAUUUAUUUGUAAACGUUAAGUUUCACAGUGCAUAAGGAAAUGUACCGAAUUUAGGCGAGUUAGCGCCGCGGCUUUUAUCAACUUUUUCUCCAAAAAUGCGGUGCUUAUUUGAGAGCGGAGCUUAAUACCAUAGUAAUACUGCUUAGUACCGUAUUUACACGAAUAAGCGCCGCGGGGCUUUUUAACCCCUAAUACGGCGCUUAUUUGAGGGCGGCGCUUAUUCGAGUAAUUACUGUAAUUGGCAGCUUAAGAGUUUAUUACAUUUAGGGCAAAUUGUUAUUACAUUUAGGACCGUUUAUUACAUUUAGGCCUUCUACAACUGUAUGUGUGGUUUAUAUACCGGAUGUUAGAGCUAUGAUUGUGCAUUGUGGAAAUAUCGCAACGUGAAAAACAGGGAUACCGUAUUUAUUCGAAUAAGCGCCCAACCUCGAAUUUGCGCCCUUCCUAAAGGCAGAAAAGGUUAAUAAGCGCCCACAACCAAAACCCAAAAACGUGUCCUGGGUGGCAGCCGGUAACAAGGUUUAGAGAAUUGAUUUCUAAAGAGGGUGUGGCUUACAUAUAGCCUGCGAAAACAUCCGUUUCUCCUCGUUCUUCGCCGCUGAGGGACGUUUCGCGGGGAGGAACGUCUGCGACUCAGGGGCAGAAAUUCCAUACUGAUGACGCAAUCCAGUGUUUACAUAAUAAAUGGUUCCAAAUACAAAUUUGUCCAAUUUUAGGUGUCUUUGGUCGAUUUUAGUGAAGUGUUGUGUUCAUCUGCCAACAAGCUCCAGCAAAACUCAAAUGCUUCUUCUAGAGAAGACUAUAUUCCACAAAUAUUGACUGUUUUGGUAGAGAUUCUUCGCGUUUACAUUUGACCUUUGUGGCCUUUUGUCUCUUGUCUGUCAUUCGUAAGCAACAGCUAAAACAAUGUAAUUACUCCGUCGACCAAUCAGCGCUUCUGACCGGAUUCCGGACAGAUUUUACGUCAUCAGUAUGGAAUUUCUGUCGCUGAGUCGCAGACGUUUCUCCGCGCGAAACGUCCCCAGCGGCGAAGAGCGACGAGAAAGGGAUGUUUUCGCAGGCUAGGCUUACAUAGGGCACAUGACUCAAACCAAUCCUAUUAGUUCCCCCUUCGUUACAAGAACAUUACCUCUAAUGUUAUGAUCUUAUUAGAGUUUAGUUCUCGUGGCUAUAGUUCCGCCGGGUUUAGUACGUAAUCAACUUAAAAUCUUAAUUCUUUUAACAGUUCAGUAAUUUUUAGUUUUUCUUUUCAGAUUUUGACGAGUGUGCAACAGGCAGCCAUAUCUGUGAUAUCAAUGCGUACUGUUACAAUACCGUAGGUUCCCACAACUGCACUUGUAAUUCUGGACUCACUGGAAAUGGAACGACUUGCAUUGGUGUGUAGAUUUUUGGUGUGGGUGACAACCAAUUUCUCUGAAAAAAGUCAGCAUAAAAACUGAAAUAUAACAGAAUAUAGCUUUAAAUCAUCACAUCUUAGUUGCUCUCUGCGACGUCUUUUCCAAUUGCGCCAAAAAAGGAAAUGCGCAGCUAAAUGGGACUCUUUCCAAACAUAUUCUGUUUCUUAGCCUCAGGUGGAAGUCUAUUAGUUACAAACUCUUGCGUUUCUUUCAGUAAUCAGUAGCUUGUGUUCUAGAGUGUCACCGAGAGUUUUUCUUGCUUUAGAUUUAGAUGAGUGUGCGGAAAAUUCCCACAACUGCCCAGCGACAUCAGUAUGUAAUAAUACUGUGGGCUCUUUCAUCUGCACAUGCCCCGGGCUUUUGUUGGAAUGGGAUGGAACAAACUGUUCUGGUAAGUAUAAAUCACAUGUAAAAAGGUUACGUGCGAUUAAACGUUGAUUGAAAACGCCGAGGCCAGAACCGUGUUUAAACAUUUAUUACAUUUCAUUGCUUUAGUAUAGGUUGUGGCUUAAUUUAAUCUUUGAUGCAAUUAAUUUUUUUUCUUUUUUUCCCCUAAAAGUCACCAGAGGACACUUCUUAACUUAAAAAAGGAAAUAAAAAUUGUCAUCUUAACAAAAUUGUUUUUCAAAAUUGUCGGAUAAAAUUCGUAAGUGAAUCAUGAAACAUAUCUUACGAAUAAGUUAGCCAAGUAAACAAGUAAGCGUGCUUUAAUAGGUACAAGGAAACGCCUCCUCUAAGACGUAUUAAACCUCCUAUACUCUUUUUUCAGAUGGCUGGAUCUUUACAAAUGUAAGCACUGGACGAUUGGGAAGUAUUCAGUCGUUCACAGUUCCAGACACUGCUCGUUAUCUCAUCAAAGCCUGGGGGGCACGGGGAGGAACGCACACGACAAAUUAUGGCGAUUUUCCCGGAAUUACCGUCGGAGGAAAAGGCGCGUUCAUGGAGGGCACGUUUAUACUGUUUAAUCAAACUGUGCUGAGUAUCGUGGUGGGGCAGAGGGGAGGAGAUUCCGUGGAGGUGAAAGGAGGACAACCUACUAGUCAAACCGCAGCUGAGCUGGGACUGUCAGUCGAGGACAAUGCAGGUACAGGGGGAGGUGGAGGAAGUUUUGUUUACAAUACCACCACCCUGUUUAUAGUUGCUGGCGGUGGAGGAGGUGCAAGCGCAGGAAAUAACGGGGUAGACGGUCAGGAGGGUCCUAAUGGCACUGAUAGUGUUGGUCCUAACCCCACGUACGUGGGGAAAGGAGGAACUGAUGGGAACCCUGGGGAAUGUAAUACUGCAGAUGCUCUUUACCAUGGUGGGGUUGGUGCAGGCUGGUUACACGAAGGCUGCAACAGAGUUGACAUACAGCAUGGAGAAAGAGGCGGCUCCCGAGCGCAUGAAUGGGUAGGAGGACGAGCUGGGGAUAUGAACAAUGGAAAUAACGGAGGACCACCCCCAGGGGCUGUAGGAGGCUAUGGCGGUGGAGGAGGGGGUGCAGAGGACAACGGAGCAUCAGGUGGAGGGGGAGGCUACUCAGGGGGAGGAAGUGGUCGUCGCAUGCAACAAGCCGGAGGUGGAGGAGGUUCAUAUUGUGGUGGCAUGAGUUGCUGUGGGGCAACUGAUGGAAAUUCGAAUGAUCAGGGCCUUGUGCAAAUCAUUCAGUUAUUUGACUAA